AUGAAAAUGUGGAACAAAUUGCUUCUGUUUGUUAUUAGUUUCAUAAGUGCGUGGGCAAAAGAGCCAGAACUACCACUAUGCCCUUCAAAUAUGCAAUAUUUACCUCAAAACCUCCCCAUGCAUUGUCGGAUGCCGGUCACUCUGCCUCCAUUCCCGCCACAGAUGUUUCCGAAUCCUUCGCAGAUGAAAUCUGGACCUUUUCCAAUCCCUCUUCCAGGCAUGCCAGGUCCUCCACCGAAUCCUGCUCCAGGCAUGCCGAUGCCGAUGCCGAUGCCACUGCCCAUGGUGCCAGUGCCACAACCGCCAGCUCAGAAGUUGCCCGUGAUCGUAAUGCCAUUUUAUUCCCCCGAUACAUCUUAUAAGAAAAAUCCCAUACCACCUCCAAGGCUGCCACAUAAAAAACAUAGGAGGCCCAUAAAGAAAAGGAGACCGGUGCGUUAUGAGAGUUCCGAUGAAGAUAGCUCUAGUACAGACACCUCAGACGACACUUCAGAUGAACGUGGCUGGUGGAAGAAACCCGUGGUUGGAAGAAGAUCCAACAAACAUCAUUCUAAGAAAAGAAAACAGAACAGGGAUCUAUUAACACCGGUUCUUCAGUACGUGACGAAAGACGGGUAUGUUAUAUUUGAGAAGAAAAUUUCAAAGGGAGAAGCAAAAGAUUGGCUGGUGAAGAAAAAUACUGAAAUGGAUAAGAACGAACGAUCUGACACUAAGAUUGAAGAAGAGCGUGACUCUAAUGAGGAUCGACCAGAAAAUAGUUUUAAUGUAGUGGUAAAAGGUGAAGAGGCUUCAGAGGUUAAAAAAGAUAAAAAUCCCCUCCAAAUACACAAGAAAAAAGUUUUGAGACGCAAGCCAAUAAAAAUUAUGAAGGAAAAUGAAUAA